ACUUGUCAAUCAUAAAUUGUUGUCAGAAUGCUCAAAACAAAUAAAUAAUUGAAUUUAUUUUAUUGAUUAUGUAUCUUGUAAAUAAUUGUUACAAUAAAAAUAAUAUAACUUGUUAAAUUUUCGCUACUAUACAGCGGUAACGAGAAACUUAAUGCGAGUUUUCUAUAUUUAUGCGUGCAUCUAAUAAUCGACGUAUAUUAUAUUAUUUUAUGUGAAGAUUGCAUACAAAUCGUUUAAAUCUGGUGUUAUAUUCGAAACUGCGUUGCUGCACAAAAAAGAGCAAUCAGGGGAUAAGGAAUAUUAAAUUUGUAUAAUUCACAAUGGAUGAUCCGGCACUAACACGGGUGUGUCGCAUGUGUUUAGACAUCGACGUGAAAAUGUAUGACCUCAAUGGUCAUAAGUUGCAUCAAAUAUUCAACGAGGUGACGGGGAUACCGAUAUCUGCAUCGGACAAACUGCCGCAGAAACUGUGUUGGGAAUGCACGCAACGCCUUGUGUCUGCGCAUAGCUUGCGGCGUAAGGCGUUGAGGGCGCACAGCUUGUUGCUGGAUAUGUUGAAUUCUGAUAAAUUUAUAACUGUGCGCCACGUAAAGUCGAUAGACAGGUGCAAUCACCGGCUCGAAUCGAACCUGUCGACCCAUUUUUUAAACGCCGACAAUUCAACGGCGAGCAACAGCAGGAACGCAGCAAACGCCGAGAGGACAGCGGACAAUUUCGACCGGAAGGUCGAAGAUGAUGACUUCGAUGCGCAAGAUGAUGCUUUCGAGAGCAACGAGCAGGAGAAGGUCGAGGAGCCCGUGGAAGUGAAGGUUGAGAGCAACGAGAUUUUUUUUGAGGAGUGCGGCUUCGUCAGCGAGGACGAUAGGACGCUGAGCGAGGUGCGCAAGGUCAAGGGUAAAGUGAAGAGCAAGGUGAAGGUGAAGAAGAAAGUGAAAGUGAAGGAGUACUUGGAGAAGAUUAAGCAGCUGGAGGGCGAGGUGGACGCUGAUAAGGAGAAGGUUAAGACGGAAGAUUCCGCUACGGCCACGGUGGAUAAAUUCAAAACGUCCGACGUGAAACGGCGGCGCACCAACGAGGAGUCCGGUGCGUUCGAAUGCUUCAUCUGCAAGACUAGGCUGAAAACCGGGCGCGCCCUGCGCAAGCACAUCACAUCGCAACACACGGAGCAGUUCAGUUGUAGGGGAUGUCCGUUCGUCACUAGGAAUAGGGGUGUCGCCAGGGAGCACGAGAAGUGGCACGCGGGCACUAAAUACCAGUGUCCACACUGUCCCAGUCAGUUCGACAAAGUGACGACCUACCUCCUGUGCGGGUACACGUUCCUCAGCCGGAAGGGCAUCGACGUGCACAAGAAGAAGAAGCACCGGCUCGCCGCGGACGCGGCGACCCUGCAAGGGCCGUACUGCGAGCUGUGCGACGUGAAGUUCGUGUCGGAGGAGGCGCAUUCGAGACACCUGAAGUUGUCGUCGAAACACAGUAGCGACACUGAUCCGAAUCGAAUCCGCAACGAUUCGCAAAGCAUGAGCUCCCUCGAGAAAGGCGUGGCCGUUAGGCGCGGCGAUCGGCGGCUGAUGAUGCACCGGCAGGAUGAUGAGAAUCCAGCGGAAGUCAUCACCUGCGAACAGUGCGGCGUCCAGCUGAACGGGCUCCGCCUGUACGCGCAACACUUCCGCCGCGUGCACCCGGACAAGAAUCGAACCAAGUACCCGGCGAUGAAGACGCCGGCCAUGUGCGAGCAGUGCGGCCGUAUAUUCCAGAGCAAGGCGCUGCUGAAGGACCACAUGUGGGUGCACACCGGCGAGAAGCGCUUCAAGUGCGACCGCUGCGAGAAGAGCUUCACGCAGAAGACGAACCUGGUGUUCCACAUGCGCGUGCACAGCGCCACCCGCCCCACCUACGAGUGUCCCGUGUGCGGGAAACACUUUGCGUUCUACAACAACCGCAGGCGGCAUAUGUUCGUUUACACUACGAAUAAUCAUUCUGAUGAAAUGCUAUUUAAUGAUAUAAGUAUUUAUAAAAGAGUGAGAGUCAAUGGAAAUGUAUAUGUAUUGGAUAGUCCAUUUAUCGAGAAUGGAUAUACUAUGUAA